GGCGUUUGACUCCGACUGGAUUGUCUAACAUGAAAUGAUCAGGGUGGGGAUUUGCAGGUUAAGAAAGCUUAGGGGUUUAAUGUCAUGACGUCACUUUCAUUAGCGGCCACUUUGAUCCCUUCAGCCUGUAAGCCACUAUUCUCUGGCAGCCUGUCGGAGGAGACCAGCACUGAUCUCUGCACUGGAGGAUGCACCUAUCUGAAGGAGGGUAUCACUGAGAAGCUUCACUUUUCAUCCUGACACCCCACAAGUAAUGAAUCUGUGAGAGGACAAGCAGAGAAGCACACUUCAAAAUGGCAGACAAGGAUAGUGUGGAAAAAUACUUGGAGAAUAACCCUCAGUUUGCCAAAGAGUAUUUUGACAAGAAGGUCCGAUGCGAGGUCAUCGCCGCCGCUUUUGCCGAGAACCUUGACAUCAAAGAUCCGGCCUCGUUCAAGGAUGUCAGCCAAAUCCAGGAGGCCACCGUCAUCUUUGACAUGAUCAAAGAAAUGCAUUCGCAGCCCAUUAUGGAAAAGGCCAUGCACAAGGUCCUGCAGAGGAUAUGUUUGCUGUUGAACGCCGACCGCUGCAGCUAUUUCAUAUACCGAGCCAGAAACGGCAUCCCUGAGCUCGCUACGUGUCUUUUCGAUAUCACCCCUACCUCCAAAUAUGAGGCAAAUGUGGUCAACCCUCAAUCUGAAAUUGUCUUCCCUACUGACAUUGGCAUAGUUGGCCAAAUAGUGACCAGCAAAAAAUCUGCUAAUGUUCCGGAUGUCAAACAGAAUACCAAAUUCAGUGAUUUUGUGGACAAGCAAACAGGAUACACCACUAAAAACAUGCUGGCUGCCCCUCUCAUGAACGGGAAAGAUCCACUCGGUGUGGUCAUGGCAAUAAACAAAGUGGGAGGAAAUGAAUUCUCCAAAACAGAUGAAGAUCUCUUCUCCAAGUACAUGACCUUCGCCACAGUCAUUGCCCUACAGCAUUACACCUCAUACAUGUAUAAUGUGGAAUCUAGGAGAAGCCAGGUUCUUCUAUGGUCUGCGAGCAAAGUCUUUGAAGAGUUGACGGACAUUGAGCGACAGUUUCACAAGGCCCUGUACACCGUCAGGAACUACCUCCAGUGCGAGAGGUACUCUGUCGGUCUUCUGGACAUGACCAAAGAAAAGGAGUUUUACGAUGAGUGGCCAGUUAAAUUGGGAGACGUGGAGCCAUACAAAGGCCCAAAGACACCUGACGGCAGGGAAAUCAUCUUCUACAAGAUCAUUGAUUAUCUCUUAGAGGCCAAAGAAGAGAUCAAAGUCAUACCAACUCCUCCUGUCGACCACUGGGCACUUGUUAGCGGCCUCCCCACCUAUGUAGCUGAAAAUGGCUUUAUUUGUAACAUGAUGAAUGUUGCUGCUGAUGACUUCUUUACAUUCCAGAAAGAAGCUGUGGACGAGUCAGGUUUCAUCAUCAAAAACGUCCUGUCCCUUCCCAUUGUCAACAAGAAAGAAGAAAUUGUGGGUGUUGCCACUUUCUUCAAUCGGAAGGAUGGAAAGCCAUUUGAUGAGCAGGAUGAACAAAUUACUGAAGCCCUAACACAGUUCCUAGGAUGGUCUGUACUGAAUUGUGACACAUAUGACAAACUGAAUCGGACAGAGUGGAGAAGAGAGAUCGCAGCUGAAAUGGUCAUAUACCAGACCAAAGCCACCCCAGCUGAAGUCCAGCAGAUUCUGAACACGAAGGAGAAGUUUGACAUGAACCCCGAGGACUGCGAUCAGAAGGAAAUGUACAAACUCUUGAGAACCAACAUUCCGGAAGCCAAAGAUGUCGAUCUGCUAUUAUUUAGUUUUAGUGACUUACCUGUCUCUGAGCUUGACCUGAUCAAGUGUGGCAUUCGCUGUUUCUUUGAACUUGGAGUGGUAGAGAAGUUCAAAGUGCCAGCAGAGGUCCUGACAAGAUGGAUGUACACCGUACGAAAGGGCUACAGAGAUAUCACCUACCAUAACUGGAGGCACGGGUUUAACGUGGGCCAGACUAUGUUCUGUCUUCUGCAAACUGGAAGGCUGAGAAAAUACUACUCAGACCUUGAUGCCUUUGCGAUGGUAGCGGCUGCGUUUUGUCACGAUAUUGACCACAGGGGUACCAACAAUCUCUACCAGACAAAGAGCGGAUCACCACUGGCCAAGCUCCAUGGCUCCUCCAUCUUGGAAAGGCACCAUCUUGAUUACAGCAAGACGCUGAUGGCAGAAGAGAGCGUUAACAUUUUCCAAAGUUUGCAGAAACGCCAGUUUGAGACAGUCCAGCAUUUGCACGAUGUCUGCAUCAUUGCGACUGACCUGGCCUUGUAUUUCAAAAAAAGGACCAUGUUCCAGAAGAUCGUUGAUGCCACUGAACCAAUGACUGAUGAGAAGGAAGCGAUUGCCUACGUGUCCAACAAUCCCAUUAGGAAGGAAAUCAUUAUGGCAAUGAUGAUGACUGGAUGUGACUUGUCUGCCAUUACCAAGCCAUGGGAGGUCCAGAGCAAAGUGGCUCUCAUGGUGGCAGCUGAAUUCUGGGAGCAGGGAGACCUGGAGAGGACUGUGCUAGACCAACAACCUAUUCCCAUGAUGGACAGGAACAAGGCGGAUGAACUUCCGAAGAUGCAGUGUGGUUUCAUUGACUUUGUGUGCUCGUUUGUGUACAAGGAAUUUUCAAGGUUCCACAAAGAGAUCACUCCCAUGUUUGAUGGGCUGAACAACAACAGGGUCCAUUGGAAGGAACUGGCUGAUAUUUACCAAGCAAAAGUAGACGCUAUAGAGAACGAACGAAAACGACUAGAAGAGGAGCAGGCUAAAAAAGCCGCUGGUGAGGAUGCAGGUGGAGAGGGAGGAAAGUCCAAAACCUGCACCAUAUUUUAAACAUCAUCUGACAGAAAUUCAGAGCCACAGAGAAGUCUGGGCCAGCAUGUAGAGGGAAGUGAAACGUGCUCCUAGGAUCACUACGUUUUCACCAGCUUUCUGUCUCAUUUUCUCGGAAGUACCUUCUCCAAGUGAACACGUAGGCAUUCACCAGAAAUGGAAGAACUGAACCUGUCAGAUGUUCUUUCUGAUGGGGUGCCAGCCUAGAGCACCGUAUAGACAACUUCAAGCUUGUUCCUAAUCACUGAUUUCACCUCAACUGUACCUUUUAACAACUAACUAUGCUGGAGGAAAUACUGCAUAUGCAACUUGCCACACAGUGGUGGCCGAAACACAACUCUACAAAUGUUUAUUGUGCUGUAGUUCACAGAGCUUACUCGAAGUACGGCUUUUGAGUCCAUAACAGUCCUCAAGACUGUUGUAUGUCAUUUAAACAGCAGAACAUUAAGAAUUAGAGCAAAACCUUCUUACCAGUUGCUAAUUUCUCAGAAUAGCAUACUUCUCGAUUUCAUAAAGUUCCAAUUUGAUAUUUAUUCUUUUGAUAAAUUCACUGAAUCACACGUAAGGGUGAAGUGUGUAAUUUUUCCACCAAGUUGCAAAAAUGCUGACUGUUUUCGAACAAGUUUCCUUAACACAUCCCUCAUCUGUAAUUGGUCAAACAAACAGAUAGCCCCUCCCCCAAAACAAACACCAUUGGUGGUGUUGUUGGGCUGCUUAAUGUUUUAAUAAAGACCAAGCGUUACAUUUUAUUCUUUAUUUUUUUGUGAAAUCAGUUUACAAAUGGCAUUCUUAUAGAUAUAUUAAACUGGGUUGAAAGCAUUUUAACUUCACAUUAAAUUACACACUCACUUUUAAACUACUGAAAAGCAUAUUUUAAUACAUAUCAAUUGCUUUGUUUAGGGUUGAAGGACCAACUCGUUUGAAUAAGCUUUUAGAAGCUGAUUGCUUAUUAGCAAGUGCUUUGUGAAAUGUACAAAGAUCUCAUGCUACAAGUCUUGCACACUGACUAAGAGUUGUUCAGAGGAAAGAUGGCACUGUCAAGGCUAAAGAGCUUGUAACUUGCAUUUGCAUCUGUUUGACACAGUUGUGUUUGGAUGGAUACGAUACAGGAUGUCUUUUCUACUUUUUUGUUCUCUAAAGAAGAUGAAGCUGAGGAUGCAAUAUGGCUAAUUCUAUGAAUAUGUGGAGCUGUGGAGAACAUUUAUGACCAGAACUUUGAUGUUUGUUCUUUAAUAAUUUAAUGAUACCUAAGCAUCACACAUAGUUUUCAACCAUAAUGUAUUACUGAAAGUGUAACAUUGAGCGUAUUACAUAGAAUAUCAAUUGAUUACAUAGAGAUAUUUGUUUAUACCAAACAUUUAAAUGAUUUUUAAGUGGUGUUCUAUGGAGACAUGAGCAAGGCAUACAAAAAGUCAGGGAAUAUUUAAAGAAAGUGCAUUGUAUGCUAUGACAAGGCAAGAGGGAAUGGUCAGUACUUGAACAUGUAAACCUAUAAGGAGAUUUGAAGUGAGUUUGAUAGGGGAGCAGCUCCUGAGAUUCACUCCGUUUUAAUCUUUAAAUACCAUGGUUAUUUAAAGCAGACUACUGAUAAAGCAGCCUCUAGAUAUCUCCUCUGGCAGAAAGCACAAACCCAAUUCGUAAGGUCAAAGUCUCUCUUUUCUGAUCUUUGGAGGACUUGAUGACUAUUUGAUGAGGAUUUGAACUAGCGAAUGAACUGCUGAUCUCGCCCGAUAUCAAAAAUAGGUCAUUCUGCACCAACAAAAAUGUAACCUAUGGAGAGAUGUAGUAAAUGAAUUGAAAAAAAGAAAAUCUUAUGCAAUAUCAGCUUGUUGGAAACAUCAGUUAAGGCCUUUAAUCCAAUAACAGGGGCAAUGGCGGUCUAAAUAAAUUCACUGGAACUAGUGACUACACUAUGUCAAACCCUCUAAGUCCAGAUCAGACUGAAGAGGCCAAAGUGAGCAAAUCUCAUCUCAGGUUAAUGCAUUUUGUUAGGAUUGUGUAUAAUAAUAUCUACUAUGUCAUUUGGAGUGAGUGUGCGACUGAUAUCCGAUCAUCUUAUUUACUGAAUACUACCGUAUAUAUACUGUAAAUGAUGUCAUGUGAACAAAUAAACACAUUAUUCUGAGCUUUCUGGAGUCUCUAAUAGUUUUUGACCAUAUCUGCUAUUAGCUUGAGGUCUCGGUGACCGCACAGUUCUGUUGGGUUGUUUAGAGGGCAUGUCAGGAGGAACCUCUCCUGACUUUUCUAUCAUGCAGCGGAUUACCUAAUAAAGCUGGAUCAUCCCCAGGUAAAGAGGCUCAGGUAAUUGGCUGAGAGCCGAGACAAAUGACUUCUCUAUCUGUGGGUCUUUCAAUAUAGAGCAAAAGGCUUCAUGUUGAACUUCUAUAACUCUAGACUCCACCUCAACUGUCAUUUUAUGAGAAAUGCAUCCUAAAUGAAAACGCAUGGGAAGUUCCAGAUAUUUGACAUGCUGAAUAACGGAUCAGAGCAAACAAAAGGCUUUCUGAACUCAUCUGACUGAUUCUUCACAUUGAUUGGCUGGCAGCCACUGCUGGGUAAGCCGAGGUCUGGGACAUUUUGACAUUCUACCGUGACCAUAUGAGUUUGCCCUGAGAGGCUGCGUGAGGGGUAUAAAAUAAAGCAAUAAGGCGGUGACUUUAUAACAGCUAUCAGGGGCGUUGUUAGGCAUGAUGCGAAGUGGAGUGGUUUAUUCACUGUAGAUCACGGCUUCACGGGGCUUAUUGCUUUUAUAAAAUGGUCGUUCCAUAUAUGUAGCAAGGUUUCACAAAAUAAAACAAAGCAAAUAAAAUGUAAUGAUAUUAAUUAAAAACAUUAUUCUUCCA